AUGGAAAAAAAAGAUAAAUCAACAUCAAGAACUGUAUUUACUGUCUUUGGACAACAUAUGGGUAAUGAGUUUCAUAAACUUGUUUUUACGCAUCGCGCUCCGAAAAACACCUUUAUUCACGCUCUAGCUUCUGGUUCCGUUUCUUCUCAUUCUCCUGCGGAUCCCUCUUCUACUACUAGAGCUCCUUCGAUAGGGGACAAGCUAACACUAAACAAGGCUAGGGGUUUAUGUGCUCGUAGUGAUCCCCAAGCUGAUCCAUAUGGAAGGGAAGGCCAGGUUCCCGUUGGAAAUGACACAUAUCUCCUAUGCCAUGUCACUUACUUAGUAAUUGUUAUUGAAUACUAUAUGAGUCCAUUUACCAUAGAUCCUAUGAUGGCCACAUGGGUGUCCUGGGGUGUCUUAACGUUGGCGCCAGGUGAAAUUCUUACUUCUUAUGCAAUUAUGGUUAUUAAUCAGGGUAAUUCUGAAGGGCAGUUGAAGAUGUGAACUGGAAUAUAGAUUUUUACUCCCAUAGACAAAUAGAACUUUUCAAUUAUAGAGUUUUUCUU